CCAUUAUUUUUUUGUCUCAAGGGACAGCAAUGACAAAUGACAAUUAACAUCUUUACUUUUGAUUGCUGGUUCAUAUCAUUUCUAUAAUUGUUAGUUAAUUAUGUAUAACGCCAAACUGUUUUCGUCUCUAGUCAUUUCUUCCACUCUGAAGAUACUUGUAUGUAUGCAUGUGAACAGAUAGAUUAACAUGUUGGAACAGAUGGAUUAACAUGCUAUUAUACCUUCUUCCCCAUUUUUUAUUUUUUAUUUUUUACACGGAAGAGUUCAGACGGGGUAUUCCAAUGCCCUUAGUGAAGUUCUCUAUUAUCUGUACACACAUUUGAUGCACCAGUUCCUGUUAUGGAACUGCUUGGAGUCCUCCAAAAAUAAUAUCGGAGUGCUUUUGCAUUAGCAUUGCUAGUGUGCAUCUGCCAGCUCGUGAUUAGUCUUUCCCACAUAUCACCUGGUCUUGGUUUUAGAAAUCAAUAGUUUAUGUAUAACCUUACUUAACUCGAGAUUGUAAAAUGGAUAUGAAUGAAAAAUUAAGUGAUGAUUCUAGUUAUUUUCCUGUCUUUUUGCAGAUUUCUCUAUCCAAUAUAUCCACUUAUUUGUGUUGCUGCUUCAGCUGUCAUCGAGAGCUUUCCAGACUUGUUUCGUGAUAAGUAUAAUCCCAAUGAUAAUUCUCUGCUGGUGGUGAUAGCAAAAGGUUUAAGACCUCUGAUACUUGGACUCAUUCUGUGCGCUUCCCAUGCCAGGACUUUUUCCUUGACUAAUGGUUAUUCUGCUCCUUUAGAAAUAUACAAGCAUUUGGAGCUCCACGAUGAUGCAGGGACAGGUUCGACCCUUUGCAUUGGAAGUGAGUGGCACCGUUUUCCAUCAUCUUUUUUUGUUCCCGAUUAUGUGAGCGAGGUUCGGUGGAUAGAUGAUGGAUUCAGAGGUCUUCUCCCUUUUCCCUUUAACUCGACACUGGGUGGAACGUCUGCAGCACCAUCUUAUUUCAACAACAAAAACAAGGCAUCAGAUCAACAAUAUCUCCAAGAUCUUGAAAAAUGCACCUUCCUUGUAAAGUUGCACCUCCAAAGACCUUACCUUCCUCGAGGGAGUGACUUGAAUACGUGGGAGGUGGUUGCAGCAUUACCAUAUCUAGAUCGCGAAUUGUCACCUUCUAAGUACCGGUCAUUCUUCAUCCCAUAUCUGUGGCAGCAGAAAAAUGUGUUUGGCUUGUACAAGCUACUUAAGAGAAUACCGCAGCCAGAAACAUAAUCAAUCUUCCGCUCUUUUUGGAAAAGAACUUCAUGGCUGGCAAGGUCUUAUCUAUGCAGGGCAAAGAAUUCUAACUUUAUAGAGGUUGAUCAUCUGUGAACUGGGGGUGAUUUUGAACUCUUGCUGUGACCACUAAUUGAGCCUCAAAGAAGAUUAUCGGUCCCCUGUAUUUCUGACACGGAUAAAUCAUAAUUUUGAAUUUUCUUCUCCUUUAUGCAGGUUACUUAAAAAAUAUGAAAUUUGCUUGCCAUACUCAAUUAGAUGUGGUAUCAUGCGA